AUGAGGACGCUGCGGUCGUUGAUUCUACUACCCGUAAGGAGGCACUCCUAUAUAACAACUCCGAUUUUUUAUGCUAAUGCUGCACCCCAUCUCGGUCAUCUAUAUACCGCUGUUUUGUCUGAUGCAGCUCAUCGUUGGCAGAAGUUGAAAAAUCCUGAUGAUGUCCAUGUCUUCACCUCUGGCACGGAUGAACAUGGAAUCAAGAUUUUUCGUGCUGCCCAAAAAGCAAAUACAGAUCCUCUGAAAUUUUGUGAUGCGAGUUCCGAGAGUUUCCGCAAUCUUUUCGGUAAAUUCGGCAUUCACACCACAGAUUUCAUACGGACUACAGAAGAUCGCCACAAGCAGUGUGUAGAGUAUGCAUGGAAGAAACUCUGUGAUGGGAAUUUCAUCUACCAGGAUACCUAUUCGAAUUGGUAUAGUGCUGUGGACGAGUGCUUUUUCCCGAAUGAUGAAGUCGAAGAUUCUCCAUCAGGAAAGGUGGUGAAAGGUACAAGCCAUUCCGUUGAGUGGGUCGAGGAAUGCAACUAUAUGUUUCGGUUAUCCCAGUUCAGAGACGAAGUGAGGCGGUGGUUGUUAAGUUCAGAUGUGAUUCAUCCAAAGCAUUAUCUACCAAAUGCUCUGCAAUACCUGGAAUACGAAGGCGAUCUCUCAAUAUCUCGUGAUCGGUCUAGGCUUCCUUGGGGUAUUCAAGUUCCUGGCGACAAUAUGCAGACUAUAUACGUUUGGAUGGAUGCCUUGAUGAACUAUCUGUCUGUCGUUGGCUACCCCGAGAAGAUGAAAGUGUGGCCACCUUCCUGGCAAGUUCUUGGCAAAGACAUAUUGAAGUUCCAUGCGUUCUUCUGGCCAGCGUUUCUUAUGGCAAUGGAUCUUCCGUUGCCAGAGAAAUUAUUCGUGCACGGGCACUGGCUAGUUGAUAAUGUGAAGAUGUCAAAAAGCCUCGGAAAUGUUGUUGAUCCCUUUGAAGCAAAGGAACUGUACACAGCAGAUGGCUUGCGUUAUUUUUUACUCAAACAAGGACUUCCUCAUGGAGAUUCCAACUUCAACAAGGAAAAGGCUAUCAAUGUUGUCAAUGGCGAUUUGGUUAACAAUUUGGGUAACCUCUUGAGUAGAGCUACGGUGAAGAAGCUUAACAAUGCUCAAGUGUAUCCUAAUAUUGCCGAAGAUCAAUUAGAACCGAAGAUUGAAGAAGCCGCCGUUCAUUUCCUGAAUGACCUAAAGAAUAUAGCAGAGGUGACUACGGAACUUUACGAUGAUAUGCUAUUCUACAAAGGUAUUAUGGAAGUUAUGAGUGUGUUAAAAGCUGGCAAUGGGUUCUUCCAAUUGACUGAGCCGUGGAAACUUAGGCCAGGUCCCCAGUUGGAUUGUGUGCUUUACAUCACCUAUGAGACCAUCCGCGUUUCAUCUAUAUUGCUCCAACCGAUUAUUCCAACUUUGGCGGAUAUCGCAUUGACAAGGUAG